UGGUCGACAAAGUUGCUGUAAUCUGAGCAAGUCUGAGGUGGUCUGAGGGACGGACAUUAUAACCUCUAUAACUUUAUUUUAACGUCAAACUUACAUCAAUUUUGUACUUUUAAUUAUACUAUAAUUAGUCUAAAUUCAAUAAUUUCUAUUUAAAUAAAUGUUAUUUAUAUUAAUCAUUAAUAUUUAUCAAAAUAGCUAAAUAAGAAGAAUAUUAAAAGGUGUUCUCUUUUACAAUUUUUCAUAAAUAGGUAAUGGAGGUAAGGUGUAAACAUUGCAGAAAGGACCUUUUCAAUGAAGCAUCAGUAGAAUUAUUAACUUCUCAUGGUGAAAUAAAAAGAAGUCUUAUGGAUGUAGGGUGUAUAACAAAUAAUCCAGAACCUUGUUCAUACAUAUCAAUAGACAGAAUGCCAGGAUGGAUUGAACAAGUUGUAAAUCAGGAAUCUUGGACAAAAGGUAGACUUCAUUGUUCACACUGUAAUAAUCGCAUAGGUUCAUUCAAUUUUAUAAAUGUAUUAAGAUGUGAUUGCAACAAAUUUGUAACACAUCCUAUUAGAAUAAUUAACAGCAAAGUAGAUAUUGUAUAUGAUACUAAAUAAAACAGUUUUGUUAUAUAACUAAAA